CGUAUGCCCAGUCGCUUAACCUGCAUCUCCACACCUCAUUACUAGGAACGAUCCGUUCCUUGCCUCCCGAGAAACUGAAGUGGCCACAUCCACAUCAUCAACCUGCAUCAUCCAUCACAUCCAUCACAUCCCCCUGUCUAUCCAUUUAUCCAUCGAUCCAUCCAACAUGGCAACCAAACCGACCGUCAAAGUCACCCCUGUGACAUCCGCCACAGACCUCGCGCGCUUCUUCGACGUCACCGCCUCGGCUCUCGGCGCCCAAGCCCGCGAUGGGUUCUGGAUGGCCAUGAACCCAGCCUGGGACACGCCCGCGGGCCGAGCAGCCGGCACCGAACGGCUCGAGCAGCGGUUCUCGUCGUCAUCACGCUCGCGCGAUCGCAAUGGGGACGCUACCACAAUUUUCCUCAAGGCAACCGUUGACGACCCCGCCAACCCAGGCGAGGAAGUGAUUGCCGGCGCCGCGGUCUGGGUGCAGGUCUCUAUGCUCGACGGGUAUGGCGAGAAACCGGUGGCUGAUCUAGCGGACGCCAUGGAUCUGGAUGAGCUGUAUCCUGGGGAUGAGAGCCAGCAGGCGUUCCUGCGGCAGGUGGAUGCGUCGCUGCAUAGGCGGCGGGGUGAGGUGGUGAAGGAGAUUGCGGGGAGUGCCUCGCCUGCGGUGUUUGCGCUGGAUCUUUGUGUUGUUGAUCCUGUGUUUCAGAGACGAGGGGUUGCGAGUCGGUUGGUGGAGUGGGGGCUUGAGGAGGCGAGGAGGAGAGGAGGGUUAGAGGCUGUGCUGGAGGCGUCGAGUAUGGGGAGGCAUGUUUAUGCGCGGCAUGGGUUUGCGCAGGAGGGGGGCGAGUUUGUUUAUGCGGUUGAUGAGCGGUUUCGGGGGAGGGAUUUGCCUUCGAAUGUGUUUAUGCGGACGGGGAGGCCGCAGUAG